UUAGUUCUUAAACGCGUCCACACUAAGUGGUCGAUGCAUGACGCGGCCAUGACAACCCGUUCCCAUGGCGGCGACCUCCACCACAGCCACGCUCACGCCGCUGCUAAUCCACCUGCUACGCGGCGCCUCCGACCACGCCUCCGUCGCUGCCACGCACGCCAAGCUCCUCAAGGUCGGCACCGCUUCCGCCGUCUCUUCCUGCAACCACAUCAUCGCCGCCUACUGCAGAUGCGGCGCCACCGCGGACGCCAACUACCUGUUCGACAGAAUGCCCGUCCGGAAUGUAGUCUCCUGGACGGCCCUCAUGUCCGGGUACUCCAGCGCCGGCCGACCCCGUGUGGCUGUUUCUCUCCUCCGUGCCAUGUCUCACAGCGGGGUGCCACCGAACGCCUUCACCUUCUCGACUGCCGCCAGCGCUUGCGCACACCUUGCUGAUGCUGGACUCGGGCGGCAAGUGCAUGCCCGUGCCGAGGUCGAGGGCUACGCGUCUGACGCUGUCGUUGCCACCGCACUCAUCGACAUGUAUGGCAAGGCCGGAAGUGUCGAGUGUGCACGUGCAGUGUUUGAUGGUAUGGCUGAUCCGGAGAGGAAUGUGGUAUCGUGGGGCUCGAUGCUGUCCGUUUAUGCACAGAAUGCGCUUGGGCGCGAGGCCAUUCAACUUUUCGCCGAGUUCAGAACCAAAAGCACUGUCAUGGCGCCCAAUCACUUCAUGCUGUCAAGCGUCGUGAACGCGUGCGCAGGCGUCGGGCGGCUUGGAGUUGGCAAGUCUCUGCAUGGAACAGUCCUUCGGUUUGGGCAUGGAUGCAAUGGCGUGAUUGCUGUUGCUUUGGUUGACAUGUACUCCAAGUGUGGAUUCUAUGAGUACUCAAGAAAGGUGUUCGACAGAAUUGAGCAACCGUCAGUCAUCUGCUAUACCUCUAUCAUCGUGGCAGCAGCAAAGUAUGGUCUUGCUAGGUGCGCGCUCAAUCUGUUUAAUGAGAUGAUCGAUCAAAAUGUGCAACCAAACAGUGUUACACUGCUCGGUGUCAUGCAUGCUUGCAGCCAUUCAGGUCUUGUUGACACCGGCCUCCAUCUCCUCCACUCGAUGCAGACCAAAUAUGGCAUCAAUCCAUGUGCCAACCACUACACAUGUGCGGUUGACAUGCUUGGCCGAGCAGGACGGCUUGAUGAGGCAUUUGAGCUUGCCAACAAAGUGCAGGUUGAAGGCCGUGACACCCUCAUGCUGUGGAGUUCAUUGCUGUCAGCUUGCCGGAAUCAUAGGCGCUUAGAUCUAGCCACCAGAGCUGGCCACAUAUUGUCAGAGUUCAACCAAGAUGUAGCAGGUGCACUGGUAGUGAUGUCAAAUGCAUACACUUCAGCCGGUCAGGCUGACAAUGCUGCUGCUGUAUGGUCGAACAUGAGACAGCAAGGCAUACGGAAAGAUCCUGGGUGCAGCUGGAUUGAGAUAAAGGAUGUCCCCUACGUGUUCUACGCCGGGUUGGUAUCACCCGCCGGUGCAAGGGCAGAUGAAGUGAUGAUGUUGCUUGAUGAGUUAGAGGGUAAGAUGCGGGAGAAGGGUUAUAAUGGUAGACUAGGUAGUACUAGAGUAUUUGAUGCUCAUGAAGAGGAUGGAGAGGACGGGAAAGGUGUAAUGGUUGGAGUGCAUAGUGAGAUGUUGGCAUUAGGGUUUGGUUUGCUGGUUAUCCCCAAGGGGAUGACCAUCAGGGUGAUGAAGAACCUGAGGAUGUGCUGCGACUGCCAUGAUGGGUUCAAGCUCAUAAGUGACAUUAUGGAGAGGGAGUUUGUUGUGAGGGAUCUGAAUAGAUUCCAUCACUUCAAGAUGGGGUCAUGUUCUUGCAAUGACUACUGGUGAUUCAAGGCUGAAAUCAGAGUGGUUUUGAACUUUGUGAUAGAGAAGGAAAGGAACAUUAUCUGAUUGUCUUCAGGUAUAAACGCAAUAAUGCUACACCUAUGUAAACUUUUUAUGGGAUGACGUGUAGUCACACGGGGAGGCUACGAUCCGCUGCCGUCAAAAUAGAAGGAAGUGGGCACGAAAAGAAACUGGCCCAGCAAUUUGCGGGAAUAAACAGAGAGAAGAUUACGGGGGCUGAGGAUUGAUCAAGAUACGCCGGCUUCUUCUUUCUUGUUCAGGAUUGAUCCACCAGAACCUCCUUCCUACGCGUUUGUUCGUUUUUGUGAACAUUAUUUGUACAGCAGCUCACUGGUUGAUCAGAAUUAGCAGGUAAACCUAUUCAUUGUGAACCUACUAUCUUCUUGCGAUCAUGAUUACCAUGUGAUUUAGCACAUUCUGCGUUCUGUUGAUGGCCUAUUCACCGUGUUUCUGAAUUCUGUUUGCACAACAUCUCGAUGUGUUUCUGAAUUCUGAUUGCACAUAACAUCUCACUGUGUUUCUGAAUUCUACAGUGCGGUUCACUAAAUUAGUACGGUUCACUAAACUUCGUGCCGAGAUAUUUCCGUUCCCCAAAAUAUUCUAAUGUGAUAGCUGCGAUAUGUGUGUCUGUCCUCUAGCUAGAUGAAUUGUCACUGUCCUAUAGUUUUGGUUCGCCUGACCGUGUAUGUAUGCUGCUGGUGCUUUGUAUCUUAAGAUUCAGUUUGUAGGUCAUCUUUUUCAAGUGAAUCUGUUGAAAAUUAAGCUGCCUUAUCUGACCUGAAUCAUGGUUGUACAUAUAUCAUCAAAGAACUUGUGAUGAAGGGUCAACAGCUUGAUGCUUUGAACUUUGCAUAUGAGGCUGGACUUCUGGAAAAAUAAUCAGCAGUCCCUCUUAUGAAAUCCUACUUGGAGAAUUCUAAAAAUAUAGCCUGUAUUUUUUUUUUUUCUAAGUCCAAUAUAGCCUGUAUUUCAGAUAACCUGAGCACUAGCAGUGCCCAAUCUGGGGUAAGACUGUAGUAAUAUCGAAAAUUUUGAAGUCAGCGUCGCAUGCCUUAACUCUAUAAGUAAUCUGUCGGCAAGGCAUGCUGAAAGGUAUGGAUGCCUCAGUUUACCUGUAUUUGCUUGCUAGCAUUGUACUAUUAAAAUUUUCUCAUUCUCUGUCGCGGGUUUUGGCGAGCAUUUUCUGCUAGCUCUGUUUGUCAACAUACUAAUGAUGAUGGAGAACUAAAGUAUCUUACACUGUUGUUCUCGCUAUGGUAAGACUCAGUCCAACUCAAAAAAAAUGUUGAAGCCAAAUCCAUCAGCUGGGUUAGGAUGCAAAGCUAAAGUUCAACAAACUCAUACUUUAUUGUAUGUUUCUUUGCUAAUAACGCCUAACGGUCAUUCUGAAUUCCGAAACAGAUUCAACAUCUCGUUCCUUUGGAUCACCAAACAUGUAGUGCACAAUUCAGGCAUCUUUGUUUCUCAUCCUUUUAUUUCAAUAAUUAUUUGAACAUUCAUGCAAUUCCAUGCCUUCAUGUGAAGCAGGAAUCAUUUGACUUUGUCAUUGGUAAUGGCAUCAUAAAUCCACCAAUAACCUCUACGACAUCAUAUGGAGGAUUGCAGGAAUCAUAUGACUUGGGCAUUAGUAGUGGCAACAAUACAGAGAAAACAGCUCCAGUACCAUCAGGAGGUGCAUUGACAAUUGUUAUGCCACCAAUUAUUGGACAAUAUACAACCUUGCUGUUUGAAGUUCAGCAAAGCUCUGCUGGAGUGUCAAGUUCUACAAAGAUGCAACUUGAUGGACCUGAAAUGUGGAACAAUAGGAUGAAUCAGAGUUAGAUGAUCCAGACUUGUCUUCUACACUUUCAAGUUUAAUGUAAUAAGUGGAGAGGAGACUACAUAUAUCUGUGUCUAGAUUGCUUCAUCACUAGUUUGAACACUUGUCAAUCCUGGAACUUCAGUGCAAUUGCCUCUUGUGUAAGCUAUGAGUACAUCCCAGACUUAAUUAGCCUUU